AUGAAGGGGACGCCGAUCUCUUUUUCCAUUGGCAAGCGGAAGAACACGCUGGCGCUGUACACCCAGGAGAAGAAGAAGCGGGAGGAGAAGCAAAAGGCCGAGGCAGAUAAGGUUUUCGAGUCCUUCGUGGAGGCCUUUGGAGGCCCAGAGGAUGAAGACCCCGCACCGAAGCGCCGGCGACGGGACACCGCUCCGCCCCGUCCCCCGCCGGGGCACCACCACCACACCGAGAGGUCGCCUGCUCCGACGCUCACGCCCAAGGUCGCCCGCCACGCGCCUCCGCCCGAGCCGCCUCAGACCGCGCCAGCGCCCAUGGCGAAACGCAGCAAGAAGGGCGGCAGCCGCGUCCUGGACGAGAUGCUCCAGGAGCUCAAGCAGAACCAGCAGCGCCGCGAGGAGCGCCGCGCCAUGGGCCUCGACGACGCCGAGGAUUUCGCCACGCUGUCGAGCGGCGACCCCGCGACCACCAACCUCCACAUCAGCAACCUCGCGCCCGACGUCGACGAGGGCAUCCUGCUGCGCGAGUUCGGACACUACGGCCCUAUCGCGAGCGUCAAGGUCAUGUGGCCGCGGUGCGAGGAGGAGGUCCGGAGGGGACGCAACACGGCGUUCGUUGCGUUUAUGCGACGGGAGGACGCCGAGAAGGCGCUCGAGGGGCUGAACGGGUGCCGGCUGCACGACAUGGCGAUCAUGCUCGGGUGGUCGAAGGCGAUCACGAUCCCGCGGGCGCCCGUGUGGCCCGCGCCGGGCAGCGGCGCUGCGGCGCAGCCGCUGUACCGGCCGCACAAGGCCGACAUCCGGACCGCGCCGACGACGACGGCGGAGAUCAACCUCCAGGCAAUUCUGGACGAGGGCGGGCGCGAGGUGAAGCUCCCCGCGGACCCGCGCGUCCGCUACCUCGCGGACACUGCCGCCGCCUUUGUUCUGGAGCUCGGCCCCGUGUUCGAGCACAUGCUGGCCCAGGAGCACAAGGACGAGCCGGCGUACCAGUUCCUGACGGACCUGGCGUCCGAGGACCACGCGUACUACCGCUGGCGGCUGUACAGCCUCGCGCAGGGCGACACGCUGUCGCGGUGGCGCGUGGAGCCGUUCGAGUUCAUCGAGGACUCCCCCCGCUGGCUCCCGCCGACGAUGACGGCGCACAAGGUCGUCAAGGACAGGCCCGAGGCGGACGCGACGCUGCCGGCGGCGGACGCGGCGCGCAUCCGCGCCGCCCUGGACGACCUGCUCCCCGCGCCGGACCGCGAGCUCAUCGGCGACGUCACGAUGCUGUGCCUCGACUCGGCAGCGCACGCCAAGGACGUGGCCGCGCUGCUGCUCGGCGCGCUCGCGGACGCGUCGGCCAGGGCGCCCGCGCGCGUGGCGCGCCUCCUGGCCGUGUCGGACGUCCUGCACAACGCGCACGCGACGCGCUCGGACCAGACGGCGGCGCUGCGGCGCGCUCUCGAGGACGGGCUGCCCGACGCGUUCGAGUCCCUGGCGAAGUGCUACCGCGCGUCGGGUCCGCGCGGCGCCCGCGCGCUCGGCCGCUACGUCGCGGACGUCCUCGGCGCCUGGCAGCACUCCAUGGUUAUACCCGCGGAACUCCUCCGGGGCCUCCACGCGACCUUCGCGUGCGCCGUCUACGACCUCCCGAAGCACCUCGUCGACGACGCCGACCAGCGGCUGCGUCCCGGGCUCGUCGAGAUCGGCGAAGAUGGCGCCGUCGCACGGUGUCGGCGGCUGGGGCUGCCGCGGUCCGGGGGCUUCGAGGCCAUGGUGUCGCGCAUCGUUGCCGCGGACGCGUUCCAGCGCGCGGCCGAGAGCGGCGCGAAGCUCCCGCACGCGGCGACGACGGGCCGCGACGACGACGACGGCGCGCAAGUGCCUGCGCUCGCGGGGGGCGCUCAGGGGCUCCCCGGCGUGGAGGACGCGGUGGCGAAGGCGAAGGCUGCUGCGGCGGAGCGCGCGCGGGCCGCGACGCAGCGGCGCUCCGGCACGAUGACGAUGCAGGAGCGCGCGGACGCCGCCGUCCUGGCGAGCAAGUGGGCGGACAGCGACGACGAAGACGGCGACGAGCGGCGCGGCGUCGGGCGCGGCCGCGACGGCGGCGCGAAGGCGCGCCAGGGCGAGGCCCCGACGGUCGCGGACGUGCUCGCGACGGCCGCGCACGCGCUCCGCGAGGCGCAGGCCGCUGCGGUCGAGGGCCGCACCGCGGGCCCGCCGCCGGCGGAGGCCGCGGAGACGCUGCGGGCGGAGCUGGUCGCGGCGGGCGUGGAGGAGGCGGAGGCAAGAGAGCAUUCGCGGCGGCACCGGCGGAAGCUCGAGGAUUUCGAAGACGAGGCGCGGCGGUGCCCGGAACGCGCGAGGGCGCGGUAUGGGUCCGGGGACGACCGGGACGCUGGGCGGGACGCGCACGAUCGGCGCGGCCGGCAUGAUGAGCACCGGUACUAUGAGGAGCGGCGGUGA